AUGCGUCAGUCCGUUGCUCCUAGUCGUAUUUCACAUACUGCAUCCCUAGCAUCGCAGGCCAACAAUGCAGCAGCAACGUCACGCUUGCAGGAGAAAAAGAAAGAGUUUGAGGCCGUUGCUGCCCUUGAACGUGCUAGUGCUCUUUUCCUCAAACGCAUCGAAGGUCUUGCGGAUGAUUGCGAGGUUAUGGCUGAUGCUGGCCAAGUACACGGUCAGGUGCUCGAACAGUGGCCUCUGAUGUUCCAAAGUUUGAGUUUGUUUUUAAACAGCCGGGAACAGCACUUGUCAGAUCCCAGUGACGACACCCUACCGCUUACUGGAGAACGGCUUGUUCGUGUUCCGCUCGACGAGCUGCAAGCUGAUGCGUCGAAGCAAUCCUAA